AUGCCCAUGCAGCAAGAGUUUCCAGUGGAGGAGAGCAGAGGCAAUCAACUUCCUGGCCAGAGGUUCUGCCCCAUGGAAGAUGAACUAGUUCUCUUCUACCUCAAGCCCAUGUUGAGCGGACAGAACGUACCCGGCAGAAACCGCGUGGUGUUCGACUGCGACCUCUACGGUCACCAAGAAUCUUGGGAGAUAUGGGAGGCCUUCAAGACCAAAAGACCACACGACUUGAGGCUCAACAAGGACAUUUACUUCUUCACCCAACACAAGAAGAUGAGUUCCACAGACAAGCGCGUACGCCGGAAUGUUGGAAGUGGCACGUGGAAGGGAGACGACUCCGGCAAGCCAAUACGAUAUGUUGAAACUGGUCGUGUUGUUGGCUUGAAGAAAAGAUAUACUUACAAGAACGAUGACUCGGUGCACAAUGGCUGUUGGAUCUUGUAUGAGUUCUACCUUGAUCGAUCACUCAGAGACAAGAAACAAAAGGUGAAAGACUAUGUUCUUUGUCUACUACGAAAGAAUGGUGAACCCAAAACCAAGAUUGAAAAGAAGAGAAAGCAACGUGAAGAGGAAGAGGUUCUUGAAAACAAUUAUGCGUUCAAUGAUGGAGAAAACUCGAAAAGGGAGCAAGAAGAGUUGUUUGAGCUACAAGCGAAGCGGCAACGAACUGUGCCAUUCAUUGGUAAUGCACCACUAACGAUGCCAUCAAAAGAUGAUGCUGCAUUCGCAGCUGAACUAGAAGAUUCAUUGGAAUCCUUUGAAUAUGAUAAUGCACCACUAACAAUCCCAUCAGAAGAAGAUGCUUCAUUCGCAGCUGAACUAGAAGAGUCAUUGGAAUGCUUUGAAGAUGAUAAUGCACCCUCAGAAGCUCGAGCAAUUGGCUUUCAAGCUGAGGAGAAUGGUGGACUCCAACAAUUAGCAGCCGAGGUGCAAUCAGGCCCUUCAUUUGUAGACGAUCAUGGAAUAUUUAAUCCGCUGCCGGAGGAAGACUUUAUCUUGGCGGAAAGUUAG